AUGUUUAGUACAAAGAAUCCAAACUCCCAGUACCUCAGUGUACCAGAGAAAGAGAGCAGAAGAGACCAAGAAUGCAACCAAAAUGUUAAGAUCCUGCAAUGCCUUGCUUUGCAUCCUGAACGAGUGUUGGUGGCAACAGGUCAAGUUGGGAAAGAACCAUAUAUUUGCGUCUGGGACUCUUACACUGUGCAAACUGUUUCAAUACUGAAAGAUGUUCACACACAUGGUAUAGCUUGCUUGGCCUUUGAUGUAGAUGGGCAGCGUUUGGUCUCAGUUGGCUUGGAUUCAAAAAAUACAAUAUGUGUUUGGGACUGGAGAAGAGGAAAAUUGUUGUCAAUGGCUCCUGGUCAUACAGACAGGAUAUUUGAUAUUUCUUGGGAUUUAUAUCAACCAAACAAACUUGUCAGCUGUGGUGUAAAACACAUUAAGUUCUGGAGCUUGUGUGGUAAUUCAUUAACACCAAAACGUGGUGUUUUUGGCAAGACUGGUGAUCUGCAAACUAUACUGUGCCUAGCCUGUGCAAGAGAUGAAGUGACAUAUUCUGGUGCACUUAAUGGAGAUAUAUAUGUAUGGAAAGGAAUCAAUCUUGUAAGGACAAUACAAGGAGCACAUGCUGCAGGAAUUUUCAGCAUGAAUGCAUGUGAAGAAGGCUUUGCCACUGGUGGCAGGGAUGGCUGCGUUCGUUUAUGGGAUUUAAAUUUUAAACCAAUUACUGUGAUUGAUCUCAGGGAAACAGACCAGGGAUAUAAAGGUCUGUCUGUAAGAAGUGUGUGCUGGAGGGGAGAUCAUAUCCUAGUUGGUACACAAGACAGUGAAAUUUUUGAAAUUGUGGUGCAUGAACGCAAUAAGCCUUUCCUGAUCAUGCAGGGGCACUGCGAAGGAGAGCUGUGGGCUCUAGCUGUCCACCCUACAAAACCUUUGGCUAUGACUGGAAGUGAUGAUCGAUCAGUCAGAAUAUGGAGCUUAAUAGACCAUGCAUUGAUUGCCCGGUGCAAUAUGGAGGAACCGAUUCGCUGUGCAGCAGUUAGUACAGAUGGAAUCCAUCUUGCACUUGGAAUGAAAGAUGGCUCUUUCACUGUACUUCGAGUCAGAGAUAUGACAGAAGUGGUUCAUAUUAAAGACAGGAAGGAAGCUAUUCAUGAAUUAAAAUAUUCACCAGAUGGUAAUUUCCUCGCUGUUGGCUCCAAUGACAGCUCUGUUGAUAUUUAUGGUGUUGUUCAGAGGUACAAAAAAGUUGGGGAAUGUGUUGGAUCCCUAAGUUUCAUCACUCACAUGGACUGGUCUGCUGACAGUAAAUACUUACAGACCAAUGAUGGCAGUGGGAAAAGACUUUUUUACAGGAUGCCAAGUGGAAAAGAAGUUACAAACAAAGAAGAAUUAAAAGGUGUCCCCUGGGCUUCAUGGACAUGUGUUUCUGGCUUAGAAGUUAAUGGAAUAUGGCCCAAGUAUUCAGAUAUCAAUGAUAUCAAUUCUGCAGAUGCAAAUUUUAUUGGGCAAGUUUUGGUUACUGCUGAUGACUAUGGAAUAGUCAAAUUAUUUCGAUACCCAUGUGUAAGAAAAGGAGCAAAGUUUAAAAAAUAUCUUGGUCAUUCAGCUCAUGUGACAAAUGUCAGGUGGUCACAUGAUCAUCAAUGGGUUGUUUCCAUUGGUGGAGCUGAUCAUUCCGUCUUUCAGUGGAAAUUUGUCCCUGAUAGGAAGUUGAAGGAUUCUCUUCACAUAGCACCACAAGAAAGUCUAGUUGAUUCUAAUAGUGAUGAAUCAGAUUCAGAUCAGUCUGAUGUUCCAGAGCUGGACUCUGAAAUUGAACAAGAGACUCAGAUUACAUACCGUCGACAGGUUUACAAAGAAGAUCUACCUCAGCUUAAAGAGCAAUGCAAAGAAAAACGAAAAAGUGCAGCUUCUAAAAGAAGGGAGAGAGCUCCAGGAAACAGUAUAAGACUACACUUUGUUCAUGGUUACAGAGGUUACGACUGUCGGAGUAAUCUAUUUUAUACUCAGACUGGUGAAAUUGUAUACCAUGUUGCAGCAGUUGGUGUAGUAUACAAUCGACAGCAGAACACACAGCGCUUUUAUCUGGGUCAUGAUGAUGACAUCCUCUGCCUUUCUAUUCAUCCCUUAAAGGACUAUGUGGCAACAGGCCAGGUUGGUCGGGAUUCUGCAAUACACGUUUGGGAUACAGAGACAAUCAAACCACUGUCAGUUUUAAAGGGCUAUCACCAAUAUGGUGUUUGUGCUGUUGACUUUUCAGCUGAUGGCAAACGCUUGGCUUCUGUUGGUAUAGAUGACAAUCAUACUGUUGUACUCUGGGACUGGAAGAAAGGAGAGAAGCUCUCAGCAGUAAGAGGAAGCAAAGAUAAGAUUUUUGUUGUUAAGAUGAAUCCUUAUAUGCCUGACAGACUGAUUACAGCUGGAAUUAAACACAUGAAAUUCUGGCGAAGAGCAGGGGGAGGACUGAUUGGGAAAAAGGGCUGCAUAGGUGCAAUGGGAAGAAUGGAUACAAUGAUGUGUGCAGUAUACGGCUGGACUGAAGAGAUGACAUUCUCUGGAACUUCCACUGGGGAUGUGUGUAUCUGGAGAGAUUUGUUUCUCAUAAAAACUGUCAAAGCACAUGAUGGUCCAGUGUUCAGCAUGCAUGCAUUAGAAAAAGGAUUUGUAACUGGAGGAAAAGAUGGGGUAGUGGCUCUUUGGGAUGAUACCUUUGAACGCUGUCUCAAAACCUAUGCCAUCAAACGAGCUGCUUUGGCACCUGGCUCUAAAGGUCUCCUUUUAGAAGAUAACCCCUCUAUACGUGCCAUAUCAUUAGGACAUGGUCAUAUUUUAGUGGGCACAAAAAAUGGUGAAAUACUAGAGGUGGAUAAAAGUGGACCAAUAACUCUGCUGGUUCAGGGUCACAUGGAGGGGGAAGUUUGGGGUCUAGCUACCCAUCCUCAUUUACCUAUUUGUGCCACUGUAAGUGAUGACAAAACCUUAAGAAUAUGGGAUUUAUCUCCUAGCCAUUGCAUGUUAGCUGUUCGCAAGUUGAAAAAGGGGGGCAGAUGUUGCUGCUUUUCUCCUGAUGGGAAGGCUUUGGCUGUAGGUCUCAAUGAUGGAAGUUUCUUGAUUGUGAACGCAGACACUUUGGAGGAUCUAGUCUCUUUCCACCAUAGGAGGGAUGUUAUUUCAGAAAUUCGAUUCUCUCCUGGGGCUGGAAAGUACUUAGCUGUGGCAUCAUGUGACAACUUUGUAGACAUCUACAAUGUAAUGAGCAGUAAGCGAGUAGGAAUCUGCAAGGGAGCAACCAGUUACAUAACACACAUGGACUGGGACAUAAGAGGGAAACUUCUACAAGUUAACACUGGUGCUAAAGAGCAAUUAUUUUUUGAAGCUCCUCGUGGGAAGAGGCAGACAAUUCCCAGUUUGGAGGUAGAAAAGAUUGGCUGGGCAUCGUGGACAAGUGUUCUGGGAUCUUGCUGUGAAGGAAUCUGGCCAAUUAUUGGAGAAGUCACAGAUGUAACUGCUUCAUGCCUCACUAGUGAUAAUAAGGUGUUAGCCACAGGCGAUGAUUUUGGGUUUGUGAAACUGUUUCGAUACCCUGCUAAAGGAAAGUUUGGAAAAUUUAAAAGGUAUGUGGCACACAGUACACAUGUAACAAAUGUUCGUUGGACUCAUGAUGACAGUUUGUUAGUCACUGUUGGAGGGGCAGACACCUCUCUAAUGCUGUGGACCUAUGAGAUGGAGGGACAUCGAGACAGCAGACAGUGUGAUAGUGAAGAGUCUGAUCUAGAUUCUGAAGAAGAUGGAGGCUAUGACAGCGACGUGACACGAGAAAAUGAAAUUAAUUACACCAUCAAAGCCUUAUCAACAAACAUCAGACCAAUGUUUGGAAUUAAGCCUCACCUGCAACAAAAGGAACCAUCAUUAGAUGAAAGACCACCAGUUAGUAGGGCACUGCCACAGCCUGAAAAACUUCAAACAAAUAACGUUGGCAAAAAAAAGAGACCUAUAGAGGACCUAGUUUUGGAGCUGGUAUUUGGCUACCGAGGCAAGGACUGCAGGAACAAUGUGCACUAUCUGAAUGAUGGUGCUGAUAUAAUUUAUCAUACAGCAUCUGUUGGAAUUCUCUAUAAUGUGGCAACAGGCUCUCAGUCUUUUUACCAGGAACAUAAUGAUGAUAUUUUGUGCCUCACUGUAAAUCAGCACCCCAAAUUUAUCAACAUUGUGGCAACUGGCCAAGUAGGAGACUCAGCAGAUAUGUCAGCUACAGCUCCUUCUAUCCACGUGUGGGAUGCCAUGAGCAAACAGACACUGUCUGUACUGAGAUGCUACCAUUCAAAGGGAGUUUGUUCAGUCAGUUUCAGUGCCACGGGCAAACUUCUUCUCUCUGUAGGGCUGGAUCCUGAACACACCAUAACCAUUUGGAAGUGGCAGGAAGGUGCCAAAAUUGCCAGCCGAGCAGGUCAUAACCAGCGUAUAUUUGUAGCAGAAUUUAGACCAGAUUCAGACACACAGUUUGUUUCAGUGGGAGUAAAGCAUGUGAGAUUCUGGACCCUUGCUGGAAGAGCUCUUCUUAGUAAAAAGGGGCUACUGAGUUCAAUAGAAGAUGCCCGGAUGCAGACUAUGCUCUCCGUAGCUUUUGGAGCUAAUAACUUGACAUUUACAGGUACCAUCAGUGGAGAUGUUUGUGUUUGGAAAGAGAAUGUAUUGGUACGAAUUGUGGCCAAAGCUCACAAUGGGCCUGUUUUCACAAUGUACACCACACUAAGAGAUGGCCUGAUCGUAACAGGAGGCAAGGAAAGACCGUCAAAGGAAGGAGGAGCAGUUAAACUAUGGGAUCAAGAGCUGAAGCGAUGUCGUGCCUUCAGACUGGAAACAGGACAGAUUACUGACUGUGUUCGCUCUGUUUGCAGAGGCAAAGGGAAAAUUCUUGUUGGGACAAGAAAUGCUGAAAUAAUUGAAGUUGGAGAGAAAAAUGCAGCAUGUAACAUUCUAAUUAAUGGUCAUAUGGAUGGUCCUAUCUGGGGACUGGCAACGCAUCCUUCAAGAGAUUUUUUCCUUUCUGCCGCAGAAGAUGGGACAGUGAGACUGUGGGAUAUUGCUGAAAAGAAGAUGCUGAACAAAGUCAGUUUGGGACAUGCAGCUCGUACAGUUUGUUACAGCCCAGAAGGUGAUAUGGUGGCUAUUGGCAUGAAAAAUGGGGAAUUUAUCAUCUUGCUUGUGACCUCAUUAAAAAUAUGGGGGAAAAAAAGAGACCGAAGAUCAGCUAUCCAAGACAUCAGGUUUAGUCCAGAUUCUCGUUAUUUAGCAGUGGGUUCUAGUGAGAAUGCCGUAGAUUUUUAUGACUUAACCUUGGGUCCCACACUAAAUCGAGUCAGCUAUUGCAAAGAUAUCCCAAGCUUUGUGAUCCAGAUGGACUUCUCUGCAGAUAGCUGCUAUCUCCAGGUUUCUACUGGGUCUUACAAAAGGCAGGUCUAUGAAGUGCCUUCAGGAAAACAGCUUACAGACCAGGCUGUGAUUGACAGAAUAACAUGGGCUACUUGGACCAGCGUUCUAGGGGAUGAAGUAGUUGGAAUCUGGUCCAGGCAUGCUGAGAAAGCUGAUGUAAAUUGUGCCUGUGUUUCUCACUCGGGAAUCAACCUUGUAACAGGCGAUGAUUUUGGCAUGGUCAAACUGUUCGACUUUCCAUGUCCUGAAAAGUUUGCAAAACACAAACGAUUUUUAGGUCACUCAGCCCAUUUGACUAAUAUUCGAUUUACAAGCGGGGAUAGAUAUGUUGUCAGUGCUGGUGGGGAUGAUUGCAGCUUAUUUGUCUGGAAAUGUGUGCAUAUGCCUCAUUGAGGGAUACAUGGAGACUUUGCAAAAAGGACGCUGCAUGAAUUAAUAGGCAUGAAAGACCCAGGAUUGGAAUGCGACACUCUUAAGUGCCCUGCAUGCUUAAGAAAUGGUGCUGAUCCAAGACACAGAGUAGUCUGUCUCUGGAAGACAAAUGGUUAGAGAGUCUGUCAGAGAGAUGGACGGUUACAAAUGUGCUCCGCCCAGUAGAUUUGCUCUAGAACUGGAAAAUCCAGGUUUGUAUUCCGCUCACUGCCAGAGGUUGAAAAAAGCAGCACCUGGAUAAAAGGGUUCUUAGCUAAAGAAGUGAGUUGUGGAUCAAUGUACAGUUUCCCAAUACAGCCCUGGGUUUUAUUGAAGACAUAUUUUGGACCCAGUGCUGUACAUUGAUAUGUUUAUUUUAAGCAUGAAUGUGUUUCCUUUGAGUUCUGCGAACUGAAUAUCAUUGAGAGAGAAUACUCCAUAUUUUAUUACUGAAAGAGAAGCAUCUAGCAGAUCUUAAAUAAAACUACACAGUAUUUUAAUAAGCACUUAAAGUAAUAGAAUGGGAAACAACAUUUCUAUGAGAAAUCAAAACAUGAAGCAUUGUCAGGUGAAGAAGAAAAAAUAGUAAAGUUUUUGCAGUAUUCUUGUAUUGAGGCCUGGGUCAUGAUCAUGUCUAGUGAAUCCUGUUGGAUGUGCAUGAAUCCAUUCUUCAAGGCUAGUUUAGUGUUUUUGUUGCACUUAAACAUUAAAUUAGUUCUGUGAGCAGAAGCCAAUUUGCUCACUUUGCGAGUGCCUUGCCCACAACCUAAAAGUCUAACUCCAAUUUUUGCCUUGUGAAUAAAAGUGAACUCAGUGAAAGAGAUUACUGCUGUGUUACUUGACUGGGCUGCUAGCCUACACUGAAAAUGUUGAACAAGGUGAUGAUGAUGAUAGUAUCUGUGAUUGCUAAAGCUUGGGAUUGCCACCAGUUGCAAAAAUAGAUUUUCAUAGCAAUAGGAAUCAUUGAUUUUAUUUUCUGAGCAACACUUGGGGAUUCAGAGAAAACAGAAUCUUUCCAAACAUUGGUAUUUUGUACAGUCUAAUUUUUUAAGAGGAAUAACUGGCUAGAAGAGGUCUCUGUUUAGGUUUUGCUCCUGAUUGUAAUAAUAUCCCAUCAUACACUUCUUUAAAGAAGCCAUCCAUAGUAAGGCCAUGAAUCUGCUGUAACCCUUAGGGUAAACUGAAAAUUGCAAAAUAAUGAGACUCGAGAAAGAAAAAGCCUUUAAGGAGUGUUGAAUUCCCAGACCAAGUUUCAUACAAGCUGGUAAAAUUGCUUCAACUGUUUGUCUGAAUGGGUCAUGUGGCAGAGCCAUUUGCUAAGCUAUGGCUUUGGGGUAUUAGGCCAAAUGGUUAUUUUCCAUACUAUGUGAAAAGGGACAAAAGUGAGCAACUUGCCAUGUGAGCUGGCAGUGCUAUGCUUAUUAAUUAAUAGCAUUGGUUGAGGACAUAGGGCUUUCAGAGUUUCUUUGAGGGCUUUCAGCGUUUCUUUAUUUGAUUCUACAAGUCAGGCAGUGAAUAGACUCCUCUUAUUCACCUCUUCCCUUGUCUUACUCCAUGUUCAUGUUAAAAUGAAACCAGUAAACCUC